GUGAUAUUCUCUUAUUAAUAAAACUUCUAAAUUAUCAGUAUCAAUUUUAUCAUGGUAUCAGAGCCAAAAUCCUGGAAACCAAAAUUAUAGGUUUUCACUUUCCCAUAUUUUCUUUUAUGGCGGACAGAUUGCCACACGUCGUUUCUUGGAUAAUUGAUUCUGGAGCCACUGAGCAUAUCACAUGUGAUGAUAUUAAUCUUUUUAAUAUUAUCAGUCCUGCGACAGAACCAUCAGUCAAAAUUCCUAACGGUGAAUCCAUUCCAUUUCAUGCCGUGGGAAGUUUAUACUUACCUAAUGGGUUCCAUCUUGAACGCGUUCUAUACAUUCCAAAAUUCCAAUGCAACCUACUUUCAGUUAGUCGCUUAACAAGCGAUCUGAACUGUACAUUUACAUUUUUUCCAGACUUCUGUAUUUUACAGGACGUACCCUCUAGGAAGCUGAUUGGCGUGGGUAAAUUCCGUAAUGGUCUCUAUUACUUGGAAUGUCCAAAAAGUGAAGCGGUAGCAAUGUCAGUCUCAGUUACCUCUAAUUUAUGGCAUCAACGUUUGGGGCAUGCAUCUGAUGGAAAAUUACAUCACAUUAGUUCUCUCAAGGGAUUUCACCGAAGCAACAAUUUCUGUGAUCCUUGCGUCCGAGCUAAGCAGACUAGACUACCUUUUUCUACAAGUGCUAUUAAAACAACUCGCUGUUUUGAGAUGAUACAUUGCGACAUUUGGGGACCUUAUAGGUGUGAUUCAAUCUCCGGUGCAAGGUAUUUUCUAUCUAUAGUUGAUGAUUUUACUAGAGGUGUAUGGGUUUAUUUAAUGAAAAAUAAAUCUGACGUUCCUCAAUUAUUAAUCCAAUUCUGCAACAUGGUCAAUACCCAAUUUGAGCAAAAGGUCAAACGAAUACGGACUAAUAAUGGUGUAGAAUUUCAAACCAACAUUUUAUUUGAUUAUUAUAGACGGAGUGGAAUAUUGUUGGAAACAUCAUGUACAGACACGCCACAACAAAAUGGAGUUGUUGAGCGUAAGCAUAGACAUAUAUUGGAAGUGGCAAGGGCACUACGUUUCCAGUCUGGCUUACCUAUUGAUUUUUGGGGUGAAUGCAUAUUAACUGCUGUUUAUAUUAUUAACUAGUUUUUUCAACGCGCGUUGCGCGAUAGAGAUAAUUCCCAAACUAUUUCCUAUAACUUAAAGCCCUAACCUUGUUUUAGCACCUUAUAUAGUCUCCGCAAACAAAAAUGACUGCAAUCUUACUUAUUUUGAUUAUUAUAUAAUUCAAUAUUUCAACGUAUGAAAUCAUAAGUUGUGUGUUGGUGAAAGAGUUGUUUCAUAAGAUUGAUAAGCCGAAAAACACGAUCACCAAAGAGGCUCUUAAUAACAAUCUUCUCCUUAACUAACAAAAAAAAUAAGAAUCUUCUAAUAUUAAUAAUAAAAAUAAUAAUAAAUCAUGUCCGAAAUUUUCUAAUUCGGUAUGGAUCUUUCUCAUCUGAUAUGAUCGAGUUUUUCUGAUGUGAGAAGAAUUUUUCUGAUAUGAUAUGAUCUAAUCCAAUUUUUUUAUCUGAUCUAAAUGAAAUAAGGGGAAGAUGUGCUACACUAUUAACGAUUGUUUUUAGUAUAGCAGCAAGUGCAAUGAUCCACACUUCACUCCUCUUUAAAAAAAUGGGAGAUUAAGAAUGUCACACCAUUUUUACGGUGAUAUUUGACUUUACGCCCUAUUUUCAAAAUCAUUAAUGUAUGCACGCCAAUUCGAUCCACACUUGGGGUGCAUUCUAUGGAGUAUAUAUAUUAAAGAGUAGUGAUUUUGAAAAUAGAGUGGAAAGUUAAAAUAUCACUCAAGAGUAUCGCCACAAUUAAAAAAGCCUAAAAUAUUAGCCCAAUAUUUUUG